AUCAAAGAAAUAGACAGAAACGUAAGCACGAUCCCGACGUUUGUUGCAGUCCAAACGCAUUUCUUGUGUGUUUAUUAGGGUUUCAAAUCUCAUUUUGCCACCCAAAAUUCCCAUCUCUCUCUCUCUCUCUCACACACACACACACACCAGUUCUCAGAAUGGCACGCUCUCUGCACUAGCUCUCACGUUCCUAGGGUUUCGUUUCGGGAAUUUCUCAUUACCUCCAUCAACUCCAGUAAUGACCGAAUUGCACUCUCAGGACUAUGCCGCUGUUGCACCAAAAACCGACGACCGUGCCGCUACCAAUUCUCCUAGGGUUUCGCCAAACUACAAACUCGAGGACGCUUCGACGAAAGAGUUUAGGUUUAGGGUGUGCUCCGACAGUAACACACCAUCCACCGUUGAGCGAUUCGCGCCGGGAAAUGACUCCGACAAAUUUCCCGGCUCCGAUAGCAAAUCUCUGUUAUCGGAAUUCGAUGAGUACGUGGCUGCCGAGAGGCACGUGGCGAGAGAUCUAGGGUUUGGUUUGGAGGUGGGUGACAUGGUGUGGGGGAAGGUGAAAUCUCACCCGUGGUGGCCCGGUCACAUAUACAACGAAGCUUUUGCGUCUCCUUCGGUGCGUCGCUCCAAGCGCGAGGGCCAUUUCUUGGUGGCAUUCUUCGGCGACAGCAGCUACGGCUGGUUUGAGCCGGCUGAGCUUAUUCCGUUCGACGCAAAUUUCGCCGAGAAGUCGCAGCAGACGAAUUCCAGGACGUUUUUGAGGGCCGUGGAGGAGGCAGUUGAUGAGGCCUGCAGGAGGCGUGGUCUUGGGUUGGCUUGCAAGUGUAGAAACGGUGCUAAUUUUAGGCCCACAAAUGUUGAAGGGUACUUUUGUGUUGAUGUGGAGGAUCAUGAGCCUGGGGGAUUGUAUUCCGAUCUUCAGAUUAGGAAGGCAAGGAAUGGGUUUAAACCGAGUGAGGCUCUUGCUUUUGUGAAGCAAUUGGCGGUUGCUCCACAUGAUAGUGGCCAUGGAAGCAUUGAAUUCAGUAACAAUAAGGCUACUCUUUCAGCUUAUCGGAAGGCGGUGUUUGAGCAGUUUGAUGAGACUUAUGCUCAGGCUUUUGGGGUGCAGCCAAUGCGCCCUACUCAUCCUCAGAGUAAGCCACUCGGUCAGCCUGGGAAUGUCAGGCACCCUACUAGAGCCCCUUUGAGUGGUCCACUAGUGACUUCAGAAGCUUGGGGUGGUGGGAAGAGCACUACCAAAUCUGUUAAAGUUAAGGAGUCUUUGAAAAAGGAUAAGUACCUUCUUAAGCGGAGAGAUGAUCCAAAUAACUCUGUCCAACUAGCAUACAAUGAGGAAAAAUCCGAUGCAGCAGCUCGUUAUGUAUUUCAGAAGAGGGCUCCGGCUGUGCCUGUGGUUUCGCAUAAUUUAGAAAAGCAAGCAGAUACAGGAUUUAUUAGUCAUGACAGUGCAGCUUCAAUUUCAGAUGCUAAAGAAACAUUAAUAGGUCAGGUUCAAGCAGAUGAUGGUGGUCUUACGUCUCAUGCCAUCUCCCCAGAUGCAAAGCCUCAUCUUGACAGGGUGAAGGGAUCUUCUGAGGUGACCCACAGCUUUGAUAGGAAUGAUGCUUCAAGUAAAAGCAUGGUUAGGUCUGAUUUGUCUGGGGAGUUGGCAUUAAUAAGCAAUGUUGAUGAGAUGUCUCAACCAUCACAUCUGGAGAACCGAGUUUCUAAUGAUGUUAUAGAUGAUGGGAAUUCAAAAUUGUCAGGACCAUGUGAAGAUUUGAAGCAAAUAGAGCAGGGACCUCUAACUAUUGUUGAUGGAGUUAAUGACAUGCAUCCAGUUAAGAGCGAAAAUAAUGUAUAUGAUUCUCCAGUUGAAGCAAAGCAUCACAAAGUUAGUGCGUUGAAGAAGAUGAAAAGUCAUAAGAGACCUGCAGAUGUGUUGAACUCUAAGACUUCUGUUGUUAGGGAAGGGAAGAAGAAAAAGAGAAAGGAUUUAAAUUUACAACCUACCUUAGGCUCUGUGGAGAAGCAUUCUGCUUUUGUAAAAUCGAUUGGAAAAGUUGUCUCAAGUGCUUUGGCUCCAAGAGAGGAUUUUCCUGCAGAACAAGUGGACGUGGAUGCUAAUGCCCAUAAUCUGCUGCAGAUGGAUACUGUGGGGAAUGCUAAUUUUGAAUUGCCACAACUUUUGGUUGAUUUGCAAGCCCUUGCUUUGAAUCCUUUUCAUGGCAUUGAAAGAAAGAUCCCUGCAGCUGUUCAACAGUUCUUUUUGAGAUUCAGGUCUCUUGUGUACGUUAAAAGCUUGGUUGUAUCUCCACCAACUGAGAAUGAAGUUCCUGAAGUUCGUGUCACUAAGUCUCCUUCCAAUGUCAGGGUGUCUGACAAUCCUGAUGACUAUAUCAGAGCUUCACCAGUUGUAAAACCUGUGAAACAUAUUGUUCGGCCUGAUGGUCCUACAAAAGCUGGUCGGAAAAGGGCCCCCUCUGAUCGGCAAGAGGAAAUUUCUGCAAAGAGGUUGAAGAAACCCAAGGAUUUGAAGGCACUAGCUUCAGAAAAAGCUGUGACCAGUCAGAAAACUUCUGAAGCCCGGCGAGAAGAUGGGAAAGAAUCCAUUCCCCAGGCUCCAUCCAAGUUGGUGAAACUAGACUCAACCAAGAAAGUAGAUUGUGCGACUAAGACAGUUGAGCCCACCAUGUUGAUGAUCAAAUUUCCUCCCGAAACAUCUCUUCCAUCUAUUGCAGAGCUGAAGGCAAGGUUUGUACGCUUUGGCCCAAUGGAUCAAUCAGGUUUCCGCGUAUUUUGGAACUCAUCAACUUGUCGGGUGGUUUUCUUGCACAAGGCUGAUGCACAGGCUGCAUAUAAACAUUCUCUUGCAAAUCAAACCUUAUUUGGCAGUGUGGGUGUGAGGUGUUCCCUUCGUGAAUUUGGGGAUUCUGCACCUGAAGUUUCUGAAGUUGCCAAGGGUAGGGCAGAUGAUGGUGCCACUGAAAUGCCUCGGGUCAAGGAUCCUGCAGUGGUUCAUCGGACAUCAGUAUCAUUACAUCAACCUCUUUCGCAGCCCAUCCAGCUCAAGUCCUGCCUGAAGAAAUCCACAGGUGACGAGUCGGGUCAGGUCACGGGUAAUGGAAGUAGUAGUAAAGGGAACACUCGUGUAAAAUUCUUGUUAGGUGGGGAAGAAAGUAGUAGGGGAGACCAAUUAAUGGUGAGUAGUAGAAACAACUUCAACAAUGAUAGUUUUGCCGAUGCCGGUGCACCUCCUAUUGCAACGGAAUUUAAUAGUAAGAAUGUUCAAAAGGUCACUUUACAACCUUCGUUGCCUAUUCCUCUCCCUGCUACUCAGUUUACAAAAACCCCACAACAUAAUUUGCGUAAUUCUAAAUUGGCAAUGGCACCCCGAAACAGUCCCAAUUUUAUUAACGCCAAUGCAUCAGCUACUGCCACCACCGUUGAUAUAUCACAUCAGAUGAUACACCUUUUGACGAGGUGCAGCGAUGUUGUGACUAACCUGACGGGUUUAUUAGGCUAUGUGCCUUACCAUCCACUUUGACAAAAAUACUUGACUUUAAACCAUAUCGUUCGCAAGAAAAUUUAACGAGUUGGAUAGUGGAUGACUUGCUCCCAGAAAUGUAAGAAUUACGGUUGUGCAAAAAGGGGCAGGGUCAUGUAUGGGCCGAAAUCGUUCUGAAAAGUGGUUUAUGAGAUUUUUGGGCUACAUAAUGUAAAUGCACUCGUAUUGUCAGUGGCACCUUAUUAGCAAUCUUUUCUUUUUUGUUUUCCUAUUAAUAUAGAUCACUUUCAUUUCAUGGGUGGGGUGGGGGUACAUGGUUUGAUAUAUCAAUGUUAACGGCACAUGGAUGUUCACUGUAUUUCUGUACUCCCUGACUUUGUUUACCUGAGGCUUUGCAGUAUUAAAAUUGAAUGGUUGGCUGAAGUAUAGUCAUAAAUAAACAAAUAUUUAUAGUCAGUCGCGUUACGUGACCUUA